AUGAGAAAACGAAUAAAAGCCUUCGGUGCACUGCGGGGGGACCCGGAGGAUCGGGCUCCCCUCCGGACUCGGGCCCGGGCCGCAGCCCGCACACACAUCCGCAGGGAGAGCGACUUUCGAAGGAGCGAAGGGAAACCUCUCGGAAAUUUAAGCGCGAGUUCCUUCACCCACGGCCGACCCGAGGGUGAACCCGGCGGUCCUUUUCACUUCCCCGGGCUCCGCGUGCAGGCGCGGGCCGCGCACUACCUGGCUCGGGAAUCCAGGCCCCUAACGGGCAGCGCCGGGGGCGCCAGGCCGGGUCAGGGGAGCCCGGGCCCCUCCCCGAGGGGGGCUCGGCCGCGGCCCCCGGCCCUUCUGCCCCCGCGCCGCCGCUCCCGGCCGAGCCCUGGCCGCAGAGCGAGGAAAGUCCAAAGCGGGCGACGGGGCGGGGUGGGGGCCGGGAGUGAAGGCGGAGGGGCUCGGGCGCCAGGCCAGGGCCGUCAGUCCGUCAGUCCGCCCGGCCGCCCCAGCCCGCGGGCCCGGCCGCCGCAACAAAAGACCCCGACCAGGCCGCCUCCCUCCGACCGCGGCGACGAGCCGCGCCCCCCGAGCUGCAUUACCUGGUCGCAAGGGGUUCGGCGGUGCUGUCAGCCCCGAGUUCGUGGUUUGGGUCCAGGGCUCCCGACGCCUGAACGUCAAGAGACCGGGAGGGAAACCACCAAAAGCUCACGCAGAGAAAACGCCCAACUCCAACCCGGCUCCGUCCGAGGGUCUCUGCUGCUCCCUCGCCAAAAUCUGAAAGCGGAGCCACGCGAACCAGAUCCGAACCGGGCAGCAGUCUCCGGGGCGGCGGAGCCCGCGCGGCACGUCUCCAGCGCGGCCGGUCCCGUUGCCGGUCCCGGCGGAAAACGCGCUCCCUCGCUGCCUCCCCGGGCUCCUGCGCGCGGGGCCGGGCCGGGCCGGGGCGUCGGGGGUUGA